GAGGCGGGGUUUUCUACAAAGCUGCUCAGGCCUAACCUUGAUUGGGUCAGCAAAGAGGAGCACCUGUUUUUGAAAAACUGAAAGUGGGGUUUUCUACAAAGCUGCUCAGGUUCAUUUCCUCAUUUGCAUCCUGAAUUAGAAGAAGCAACUCCUGAAGUGGUCCAGUUUGUGGAAAUAUUGUGACCAAAGAAGUUUUCUUUAGGAGUCAGGCAAUUGGGUAUAAGCCAGACAUGUCAUCGAUUACCGUGCACGAUAUGAUGCAGCUUCUGAGCCGACUAUCUGAAGUGUGGGGAAUGACGGCUGCCAGCAAGGAACCCCAACGAAUUUCUCUUUUGGCAAGUUUGGGGGCCUUUAUGGGGGGCAUGUUGGGCGGCGGACCAAUUGGCCUUGCAGUAGGGAGUACAAUUGGUGGCUUGGUCGGCACCCAGACGGCAGCUGGAACUGGAGAAUUUAAGCCCAUCCGUCAGAUUCUUCUGGAUAUGUCUCCUGUGAAGCAGCAGCAACUGUACAUGAUAGCCUUACCCGUCAUCCGGCAUAUGGAGUGGCCGAACGCGGUGCAGCUCAUGAACCUGGUCAUGGAGGAUGUAGCCAUACAAGAGCAACUGAUUGGGGUGCUGAUGGACUAUCUCGCCAAUGAACUCAAAGUAGAAAUCAAGUUGGCCAAAAGGAAACCUUGACGAAGCCAAUGUGUGUGCAUUCAGAAGCAAUUGCCAGAUGAAGAUAGCACCAGCCUCACUGGGGAUGUGUGGUGCAGGUCCUAGGCUAAGCAGGCACCAAACAUUUAAAGCGUUUGACUGGGAACUGUAGCUUUUAAAUUGUUGCUGGGGAAUUAUAGCUCUGCGAGGAGUAAACUACAGGUCCCAGGAUUAUUUUGGGAGAAAGCGGUGUCCUUUUAAUGUAUGACGUGUACACAGCUCUAAAUCAUUUGGUGUGGGGAACCUUUUGUCUCCCAUUUUUAUCCUUAUAUGCUUGUUUUCUUCCAUUUCCCCACUACUCUUGAUUAAA